AUGUCGAUGAGCUCCAGUCAGAUGUGGUGGUACAAGAUCGACCAGCAACAAGCCCACUACAUCACGUUCGAGGAGAAUGACAUUGUAGCCACCGUCAAGGAGAAAUUCAUCUCCAAGAGUCCCAGCCUGAAAAACAUGGAUCCCGGCCAGAUCAUCAUCAGAAAAGCUUCUGGAGAGGAAUUGCAAGUGGACUCCAAGAUCUCCCAGCUCGUCAUUCAAGGCGUUGGCACAGAUCCUCGGACCGCUGUGCUGGUCGCUGGGGAGACGUCAGUUGCGGCAGGUGUGGCCACUCAUCCAAGAGUUGCGCCAGCCGCAGCAGUGGAGCGAUUGUCCCUUUGCGAGGAGGCCUUGGGGCAGGUGCAACCAUGGCAGUGGAUCUGGUGCAGAAUCACAUACAGGUCCACUGAUGUUGGCAUCAAGUCGCGCUUGUCUGACCACAUGCGAACAUAUUCGCCUGGCACCUUGGGUGGAACCCUGCAGCGAAGAAAGGAUGUGACCGUGGUGACCAUUGAAGGCACUCACGAGAUCGUGCGCUCUGUUUUGACAUGGAUGGAGAGGAUGCCUUACCCAAGAGAUGAGGUCUCGAAGAGGCUUAUCCACAAGGCCAAACAUGAGCAGUUCUUGUUGUUGCGAAGCUGCCCGGAGCCACGGUCAGAGAAUUCUUCUGGCAAUGUUGCCGAGGAAGGAACCAGUGCUUCAUCACUGUCAGAUGCAAGCACCCCAAGCCGAAUCAGCUAA